UAUCAAUCGAAUGUAUCGAAUCCUCGACAAUCUGCGAGAAUUGGGUGAUAUUGUGUCAAAUUAGGAAUCACCAAUUUCCCUGAUGUAUGUGACAACUUCUCCAUUUAUUAUUCUGCAUUCUUACUACCUAUUUUGAAGUUGCUUCCGACCGUCAGAUGGAGUUCGCAGGGUCGGAUUCGAGAAGUACUACACUGGCAGGCACUGGUAUAGAAUCGGCACCUGCAGUCAUGUUAGAUGUUCCUGCCGCAAAGUCCACUUCGGAGAAUUCGGAUGGCGAUGAGAGGAGCAGUGUGGCACAGAUUGAUGUGACACGGCUGGAAUCAGAGCUUGAGAUGUUGGAAGAUGUUGGUUCGAACGAGAUCCUGCCAGCCGAAGACAAACCAACCUUGAACAUGCCACUGGAUGGUGACUCAGAAUCAAGCACACUGCUUGCCAGUAUCACGCCAGCGGACGAAUACUACAGUGACUUUGGUACUCCUGAAGAAUAUAUGCUAGUACCCUCCGCAUCUGAGUCCAGCAGUACCUCGACAACUUCUAGUACUACUGCCAGUGCUUCCACCUCAGUUUCUUCGACUCAUGCAGCACAUGGGCCUAGGGAUCUUGGUUUCGGCCGUCCACGGAAUCUGCAGGCACUGAGUAAUGUCCCCCGACUCGCAUCAUCUUGAUCAGCAUUCAGGAUGCUCGUCAAACCAAAGGCCAAUCCCUGGGAUAGGAAAUGACAGUAUCGACUUUUUUUCGUUUAUAUUACUGACUCUACAUACAAGCAGUUAAUUUGACUUGACACUUAAUCCUCUAGACUGUCUUUACCCAAGCACUUAUUUCAUAUUUGACUCUACAUUGAACUACUAAUACACCGCUGCGUUACAUGAA